AUGUCCCUGCUCGGCCCGCACCAGGCCCCGCUCUCCGGGUCCACACUGAGCGGGUCCCUGCUCUCCGGCUCCCUGCUCGGCCUCGGGUUUGGGGCCCCCGUGGCAUGGCCGGAGAAGUCAGGUAGGAGGUCGGGGGACUCUGCGGGUCGCCAUCCCCCGCCCGCGACCCCCGCCCUCUCCGGGUCUCCAUCCCCCGCCCUCUGCGGGUCGCCAUCCCCCGCCAUCUGCGGGUCGCCAUCCCCCACCUUCUGCGGGUCUCCAUCCCCCGCCCGCGACCCCCGCCUUCUGCGGGUCUCCAUACCCCGCCCGGGACCCCGUCAUCUGCGGGUCGCCAUCCCCCGCGACUCCCGCCCUCUGCGGGUCUCCGUCCCCCGCCCUCUCCGGGUCUCCAUCCCCCGUCAUCUGCGGGUCUCCAUCCCCCACCUUCUGCGGGUCUCCAUCCCCCGCCCGCGACCCCCGCCCUCUGCGGGUCUCCAUCCCCCCGUCAUCUGCGGGUCUCCAUCCCCCGUCAUCUGCGGGUCUCUGACCCCGCCCGCGACCCCCGCCCUCUGCGGGUCUUCAUCCCCCGCCCUCUCCGGGUCUCCAUCCCCCGCCCGCGACCCCCGCCCUCUGCGGGUCUCCAUCCCCCGUCUUCUGCGGGUCUCUGACCCCCGCCCGCGACCCCCGCCAUCUGCGGGUCGCCAUCCCCCGCCAUCUGCGGGUCUCCAUCCCCCGCCCGCGACCCCCGCCCUCUGCGGGCCGCCCACCCUCUGUCCCCCCGCCGCGCUGCGUCCCUCUUCCCUGCGCCCCCGGCCCGCCUCUCCCCUGGCAGCGCCCCCGCAAGCGCCCCCACUGGUCCCCGCCCGCGCCACACGCAACGCCUGGGUCCCGCACCCACCGGCCCAGUUCCCCCGCCCCAGGUGUACCCACAUCCUGCCAUCCCCCAGGUUUACCCAUGCCCCCUGCCAUCCCCCAGAUGCCACCAUGCCCCCUGCCAUCCCCCAGGUGUCACCCAUGCCACCUGCCAUCCCCCAGGUGUCGCCACAUCCUGCCAUCCCCCAGGUGUCGCCACAUCCUGCCAUCCCCCAGGUGUGCCCACAUCUUGCCAUCCCCCAGGUGUGA